UGCGCGUCCGCGCCAGCGAUCACUCAGAGCACAGGGAACUUGACUGAACCUCACAAAGCUCCCUCUCCCUGAACAUACGUGUUACUGCUCUUUCCAGCAAGAUGUGAACGAAAGCUUCCCGUCUUGAACUAUAGGAGUUCCAUCGUUAGCGCUUAGCAGUUCCACACACACAAACUUCUCCGUCUCGAGAUGCUCUGAAAAGGGAGGCGAGGGGCAAUUAAACAUAGCGAGAGUGUUUCCCAUCUCAGGCGAUUGUAACUUAAGUCCCACCAAGUGAGGGGAGUGAUGAACAUCCUGUUCCUUACUAUGGUUAUCUCAUACUUCGGUUGCCUGAAAGCUGCCCCAAUGAAAGACGCCGGAGGCCGAGAUCAUGUCGCCUCGCUCUAUUCCGGGACACUGGACGGUCUGGGCGGCGGAGGAAGGGGAGCGGACGUCUCUCCCCAUGGACUUGGGGUUUUGGCCAACACGGUGGAGCACGUGCUGGAGGAACUCUUGGAGGAGGAGCCCGAGACCCAGCCGAACGACGGCGGGGGAGGAGGAGGAGGAGGAGGCAAGGACGUGGAUUUGUACUCGUCCCGGGUGAUGCUGAGCGGCCAAGUGCCUUUGGAGCCCCCUUUGCUCUUUCUGAUGGAGGAGUACAGGAACUACUUGGAGGCGGCCAACAUGUCAGCGAGGGUUAGACGCCACUCGGACCCGGGCAGACGGGGCGAGCUCAGCGUCUGUGACAGUAUUAGUCAGUGGGUGACGGCCGACAAGAAAAAGACAGCCGUAGACAUGUCGGGCCAGACCGUCAGCGUCCUAGAGAAGAUCCUCGUCCAGAACGGCCAGCUCAAGCAGUACUUUUACGAGACCAAAUGCAACCCCAAAGGUUUCACCAAUGAAGGCUGCAGAGGGAUAGACAAGAAGCAUUGGAACUCACAGUGCAGAACCAGCCAAUCUUACGUGCGAGCUCUCACCAUGGAUAGUAGGAAGAAAAUUGGGUGGAGAUUUAUAAGGAUAGACACGUCGUGUGUAUGUACAUUAACCUUUAAGAGGGGAAGAUAGUGAAUUGGUGUAUAUAGAUUUUAUUGAGAAGUAAUCUAUUUGUAUAUAUUACAUACAGGGUAAAUUAUUCCGUCGAAAUGAUACAGAAAAUUUUAUGGACUGCAUGUAUAAAUGAAGUUUAUACAGUAAAAAAAGUGGUUUUACGGUCUAUUUAUUGAACAUAUCCAUGACCCGAGAAGGGGGGAAGAGAGACAUCCAUAUUGCGCACAACAAAACAAUAAGCCUGUGUUACAUUCCUCAGAAUAUCGUGGUUGAGUGACGUUGCCAAGACAUGAAACGAAAGUUAAAAAAAUAAUACGUAUUGCAUGCUGCUUCCGUUGUUCGAUACGAAUCUGUCCAUUGGAAAGUUCAAGAUACAUUCCGUUUACAUUAGCCAGUAAGUGGUUCUAUUUCUUAUAAGUAUUAUCUUUGUUGACUGCUUUACCUUCUACCGAUGGCGUUGGAAUUAAAAAGUCAAGGUGCUGUCUUCGAUCUUUAUCAGUUUUUUUUUAUUCCCUUGGGAUUUAAAUUAACAGGUUUAAUUCUUGCUGUACAAUGCACCAUUCCAGAAUGAAACCAUUCGUUUUUUUUUCAUUGUUUUCAAAAUCGGACAAAAGGACCAUUGAUGGACCGGCGUGUUCACGUCGAUUCAUUCGCCUUCCAUGCAAAUAAAGUCGGGAGACCACAAAGGCCAGGGCAAAAGUCAUCUGAAUUUCACUGGUUGAAUGCGUUAUACAUAUUGCCUCUAUUGUGUAUUAGUAAUAAACGUGUGGAAGUCUUGCAAACCAUGAACCAUUAUUUGUAUUUGUUGAGAAUAACAAGCACGCUUAUGGAAUUGGGGAGAGAAGGUUAUUCUAAGUUUUGAAAAUGAAACAGGAGGGCAACUCUCUGGAGUCGCACCUGGGUUUACAUCUUGCCCCGGUGUUGAAGUGACUUUCUGGUAAAUUUGUCCAAGCUCAGUGUCCGUCUUACUUGAAUUACUUAGCAGGGAAUGUCCAAAGGAUUCUCCUCAUCACACCAACUUCUGAGCACAUACGUAUUUCACAGUCAUGCUGCUGUUAUAUUUUGCACCAGAGCAUAAACGCCAAUCGACCACCUGAAAUAGUUCAAAGUGAAUUUGAACAGUCUCAUUUGAGACUCAUUAUCUUGCGGGCGUACUCAAUGAAUAACAAUAAUCAUUCUAGAACCAAAGUGCAAAAGACAACAGCCUGUGCAACUACAAAAAGAAAGAAAUAAUGAAUAAAUCAGCAAUAAAUAUCAAGAACACGAGAGGAAGAGUGAGCCCACAGCAUGUGGGAACAUUUCAGUGAUGGGGCAAAUGAAGUUGAGUGGUUAUCCCCGUUGGUUCAGGAGCCUGAUGGUGAAGGGUAAUAACUGUUCCUGGACCUGCUGGUGCCAGUCCUGAGGCUCUCCUAUUUUUUUCCUGACGGCAGCAGUUGAGAAGAGAGCAUGACCUGGGUGGUGGGGGUCCAUGAGAAGGGAGGCUGCUUUCCUGCCACAGUGCUCCCUGAAUAUGUGCUCAGUGAUGGGGAGGGCUGUCAUGUACAAGGGUGUCGGGGCAGAAUCCUUUACAAACCCAACCACUCCCCGGGUCUAAAUGGGGAUCUGGAAAUCUAGAGCAAUACACACAAUGUGCUGGAGGAGCUCAGCAGGUCAGGGUGUGUCAGCAUCUAUGGAUGGGAAUAAACAAUUGAUAUUUUGGGCUGAGACCCUUCAUUAGGAUGGGAAAGGAAAGGUCUUGGCCUGAAAAGACAGCUGUUCAUAAGUCAUAAAUGCUGCCUGACCUUCUGAGCUCCUCCAGCACAUUUUAAUGUAUUGCAUCUCUAAAUAAAAUAAAUAAACAAAUAAAUAGAUAUAGAUAAAUACAAUUAGAUAGAUAGAUAAAUUAAUGUAUUACAGCUCUGCCUCUUGAAUGCCUAUUAAAUCUCAAGAUUUCUUCAAUUUGGAAGAUCUUUUAUUGCAAAGAAAUUCUGGAAAAAAACAUGUUCUGCAAAAGAAAAUAGGAGGAAGCUAAUUGUUAUUAGUGUAUAUUUUUUCAGUCAUCAGAACAUUUACAUGCUAAAACUUCCAUAGUUAGAAAUCUAUUUUUGUCAUUCUCAUUCCACAUCAUGAAAGGAGACCCUUUACCCUAGGCUACUUUAUUAUUUUCUGAACCUUUCAAAUUCCAAAGUCCAAACUAAAAUGAAAAAUUUUUAAGGAACACUUCUUGUGUCCAUGAAAGAGAAGAUUUUGCUCUAUAAUGUAGUUAGCCAAUUUUUACUUACAGUAUUACUUUCCAACGUAAAACAUAUCUGGGAGAACAAAAAUAUCCAAUGAGCUAGUAUCAAAUGGAACUGUUUUCCAUCCUCUGAUAUUACAAUAACACUUUGUACUUUGAAGGGAAAAGGCUACUUUAGUGGUUUGGUUACUGCACUGAUAUCCAGAGAUCUCAGCUACUGAUCCACAGAUGUGUUUUCGGAUCUUAUCCUGGUAGCUGGUGAAUUUAAAAUUCUGUUUAUUAAUAUAUCUGGAAUUUUAAAAAAAAACAACUUGUGUUAGUGACUGGAGCAUAGUAAAAUUUUAAGACCAUAAGACAUAGGAGAAAUUAGGCCAUUCAGCCCAUUGAGUCCGCUCCACCAUUCCAUCAUAGUUGAUGUAUUAUCCCUUUCAAUCCUAUUCUGCGUACUUCUUUCCAUAAUAUUUGAUGCCCUUACUAAUCAAGAACGUGUCAACCUUUACUUUAAAUAUACCCAAUGACUUGGCCUCCACUGCUGUCUGUGACAAUGAAUUCCACAGAUUCACCACCCUCUGGCUUCAAGGAAAGAAGCCCGUUAUCCUUGCUUGAUAUUACAUUAUUCAUGACUCUAGCACCACUACAAUAAGCAUUCCACUAGCUUUCAGGAAGCACAUGACUAUACAGGGAUGGAAGGAUAUGGAGCAAGUGCAGGGUUUGGUUUAAUUUGGCAUUGUGCUUGGCAUGGGCAGCGUGGCAGAAGGGCCUGUUCUAUGUUCUUAACUACUCUCUGAAAUGGCCCACUGUGACAGGGUUUGUAGGAAGGACAACAGAUGUUUGCUUAGCCUGCAAAGUUCACAGCCCAAAAAUUAACAAAUAUAAAAAGGCAAAAUGCUCAACACCAUGCAUAAAAAGAAUUAAAGCAUAUUUUUGUACAUAACAAUCUGUUUUACUUUCCAUAUAGAUAGAAUAGGGUAUAACUCAAAGUUAGUAAGCCAACAGAAUGCUAUAAAAAUGCAUUUCUGACUUUCCUAUUUGCUGUUUUCAGAGUGGGGGAUUGAACAGAAAGGAUGUACAAAUGGGGGAUAGUUACAGUACUUUGUGAGGAGGGUGAAAGGUCUGUUUGACUCCCACAAUAAGUCCCUUACUCUGCUAAAUGGUUAAUGAAGGAAUCAGACAAAGUUUGGUUCAUGAUCAAGUUACCUUCUCACCUCAUUCUUAAAGGAUGCCUUUGACAUUUGGAAGGGAAGGGAUCCUACCCGAGGGAAAGAAACGGAGAAUAUCAGGGAUAAGUUUUACAUUCCUAGAUUACUUUUAUACAUAAGCGGAAUAAAUUGGACCACAAACUCAUCCUUGUUUGUCACUAGCAGUUUUCUUUCCACUAAAAGAUUUGUUCAAAUUCUUGAGUAACCUAUG